AUGCCUGUUUUAUUGCCCGGUUACAAUAUUCAGCGUCAAAUCCCACCAUUGCCAGCGACUUCAGGCUCUUCGUCGAACCUUUCUUUCUUUCAACCGUUUCUUGGGCACCUUCUACCACCAGAAGCACUCCUCUCAUUCUCGCAUGACGCUCAGCUACGCAGAUCCGCUGUUCCACAUCAUAUUCAGGAUGAGCGCAAUGAUUCGGGAAAUGAGACAAUGUCGUCACCGUCGCGCAACAGCAGUCCUUCACUCAGCUCCCCGGCCUCCAGCAAUCCGGGAAGCCGCUCCAACUCCUUCUCUGUCUCCUCUCUCCUCAAAUCGGAUCCAUUAACGAAUGGGAUUCAAGUAAAUGGUGCCCAAGUACCAGCACCUGUACCUCUACCAGCUCCAUUGCCAGCUCCAUUGCCAAUUCCCACAGAUCUCCCAUCCCAUCCCUCCCUCCCAUCCCUUCCAUCCACUUCCACAAUCAAUCACUUCACUCAUCACUUCCUGCAGCCUGGAUCCGACUUGCGUAUGCCACCACCAUCUCUAUCCCUUGCUGAUCUCCAACGGGUUAAUCAACUCCAAAUGCAACAACAAAUUAAUUUGGGAUCGUUUCGGAUGCUAAACUACAUGGACAUGUUGCCGUUGAUGGGCGAGGGAAAAAUGGCGCCGAAAGAGAUUUGUGUGGUGUGCGGUGAUUCGGCAAGUGGAUAUCAUUAUGGAGUGAUGAGCUGCGAGGGGUGCAAGGGUUUCUUCCGUCGAAGUGUACAAAAAUCGAUCGAUUACGAGUGCCACAAAGAGCAGACAUGUAGCGUGGAUCGAGUGUCGAGGAAUAGAUGUCAACGGUGUCGAUUCGAGAAGUGUUUGAGAGCUGGGAUGAAUAAAGAACAAGUGCGACAAGAUCGAAAACGAUCGCGGAAGACACGAGAAGAUGAGAGAGAACAGGAGAUUGAGGAGGGAAAGCAAUGGGUGAAUGGGAUGACACAGAUGGCAGGGAUCGGGAAAGAGAUUUUCCCAAAGGAGGCGAGGAUUCAGAGUGCUGAGGAAGCUCGCGAGCGUUUGGAUCAUUUCAUCAUCAAGAAUGCGCUCUUUUCUCGAGUUGGAGAGGUGAAGCGGAAAGAUUUGAUUGAGAAAUCAUUGCCUCAGAUUUUGAUUGUUCGAGCUGCUUUUUCACCGGAUACCGUUUCCCCGGCACUUGUCGAACCGUUUACGUUGGACAUUCGAAAGAUGAGGAACGGGCUUGAGAAUGUGGUGGAUGAAGAGGUUUACCUAAUGAUGGGUCUAAUUUUGGCGAAUAAUCUCGACGCUGACGGGGAAACGAUCAAAUUGAGACUCUCAGAGUGUCUACAAGCACAGAUUGCCAUCCGGAAAGCCGACCCACACAUUUACGAGCAGAUGAUGUUCAAAUUAGGCGGACUCCGAACGAAAAGUGAU